CUUAAUUGCUUCUUAAGUGUACUGUACCGAGAUCAUGUUGUCCCAUUGACGGGUCUUUCUGCUCGACUCCACAAGUUGCCAGAGAUUAUCUAACAGCUGUGUCUCCAGGUUUCUGCUUUGGUGGAAGAUGGCAAUGAUGGUCGUUUUGGCGGCAGUGCUUCUCACUUAUGGACUCUCUACAGGAAUUGCAAUGGAGACAGGUAAAUCUGGUGCUGUAACUGAGGCUAGAGCUGGGGAAAACAGUGUGCUUCCACUGGACAUGGCUGAAAACUCUGUUGACGACAUGUACAAUACGUGCGAUGUCAAAAUGAAGGAGAGGGUAAAAGAAGACCUGGAGAAUGAGAAGAACAAAGACAAAACCUUCAAAGAGGUCUGGGACAGCUCAGAGAAAGUGGUCCACGAAAAAUUUAAGAAUGUCAAAUAUCUAGGAAAAGAUCAGAUUGUAGCUAUUUAUUAUUACACCUCUGGCAAAGACGAUGCGUAUCGUAAUUUCAACGCUGCAGUUCGAACCCAGAGACAUCAGUACGAGACCACAUUCGGGUAUCACGCGCUUCACUUUCUCCUGACUACUGCCAUUCAAGUUGAAAGAGCCUUUGAGGAAAAACUAAAAAAAAAAAAACUAUGUCUCACUGGCUACCGUAGAGUCGACGAGUACUUUAACCAAGAUGUUAAAAACACAAAGUUUCGCUUUGGCUCUUUCACCUCAGCCUCCCUGGGUAAUUACGGCAAGAAAUUGUUUGGAGACAAGUCAUGCUUUGAGAUUUUCACGUGCAUGGGAGCAGAUGUCUCUCUCUAUUCUAAAUUUGAGAACGAAAAAGAAGUGCUGAUUCCUCCCUAUGAGGUCUUUAAAGUCGUAGAGAUAAAGAAGAGGGUGGGGUCAGAGCUUCCAUGUGAGGUGGUCUAUAAAGUGAAGAGUACAGAGACUCCUGUUUCCAAUUUGAAUUGUGCUCUUUUUCCAAAGUAAACACUUUCACAUGUUUUACAUACAGUUUACAAAACAUGUAAAAUUUAGGAUGCACCAUUUUAAAUACUGCAAAUGAUCUUUAACCAAGAUUAAUGUGAAUGUGGAUUUAUUUGUUAACAAUGACAUUUGUCAACAAUCUCAAAUUGAGGUGUAGAUUUUUUACAGUGCAACAAGUGUUUAAGAUAAAUAUACACUAGCUGCAUAAAAAUUAACCCUUACAGUUGUGUCAUUGUUAAACUGGAUCUGAAUUAAAAUGUUUAAAUGAAUAACAAGAAUUUAAAUGUUGUACUACAUUGUAUUAUUGCCCAUGUCAUCUGUAUUUAAAUUGAAUGCAUAUCCUGUCCAAUAUACAAAGUUACUGUAUGAAAACUGUCUUAAAAAAUAAUUAAACACGCUCGUGUU